AUGGUGCCACUAGCAUAUUAUGAUCAACCCUUUGUGCCAUUAGCACACUCUUACCAACUGGCCACAACCAACUCAUUAACACCUCAAUGUAUGGGUGAAAAACUAAAUCAACCCAAUGACCAAUCUGUGGUCAGAGUUCAAUCUCAUAAUGAUAACCCUGCAGCUCCUCCACUAAACUCCAACCAGAAGGUGCAGAGAUGCUCAAUAUUGCCCUCUGCCAAGUCUCAGGACACAAUUUCACCGGGCUUCUACAACAGGGUUUUAAAAUCACCAUUGCCCCACUCCGAACGUCAGGCCACACCUUCAUUAAACCUCCCCUGGAGAACUUCAUUGCGGCCUAAUCAGAGAACCCUGAACUCACCUUUUUUUCAUCCCAAACCUCAGACAACAUCUUCGCUUGACCUUAAGAAGACAUCAACAUCACUGGAGCCCAGUCAAACAGCCUUGAGAUCACAAUUACCCUUCCCCAAAACUUGGAAAACAUCUUCCCUAGACCUUUGCUGGACGUCACCUUCACCGAAGUCUAAUCAAAGAGUCUCCAGUUCAUCAUUAUCCCCCCUCAAAUAUCAAGAAACACCUUCCCUAGACAACCUGUGGACAUCAUCUUCUUUGGGACCCAAUCAAAGAGCCCUUAACUCAACAUUACCUCACACUAAAACUGAGAAAACAUUUUCAUUGAACAGUCUUUGGACAUCUUUAUUAGAGCACAACCAAAGAUCUUUGAGCUCACCAUCACUGAACUUGAUACCUCAAACAAAUGACGUGCUUCACUCAUCACCUUCAAUGGAGCCCAGUCAAAUGGCUCUGAGCUCACAGUUACCUGACUCCAGACCUCAGACAAUACCUAUAUUGAGCUCUAAUUCCAGUAUUCUGAGCUUAUCAUUGUCCAAUUCAAAAUCGAAGCUGUCACCUUUACCACAUUCUGUCCACCAGACUCAGAGUUUGCCACUGUUCCGGCCCAAACCUCAGACGAUGCUUACACUUGAUCGUGACGUCAGGACUCUGAGCUCACCAAUUUGUCACUCCAAGUUUCAGAACACCAUUUCACCAAAUGACAAAUACAGAGCCACAGGUUUAUCUUCUCCUUAUCCCAAACUGAACGUCUCAGGUCGAUCCUUAUCAAGCUCCACACACCACAUCAGGAACAAAGCUGCUUCAACACUGGGCUCCAGACUCCUGAGUAAAAGCAGUUUUGAUUUUCGUGCAAAGACAGAACCAAAUAAAGAAAUUCCAUGGACUUUAGAUUAUAUUUAUCCCUGCAUUGUUAAAGGUGGAACUAUCCCUGAUGAUGUUCUCAAUAAAAUUGUCAAUUCUCUCUCCAAGAACAGGAUCCAGAGGGAUCUCUCUAGGCAGAUUCUCUUUCGAAGGAUGAGGGGAAGGCCCAAUCCUCAUCCUGGUCCCCGCCUGUCAUCAAGCUAUGUGGUUUGUUUAGCUUGUGCUUCCUGCAUAAAAUCUCAGUGUAACCAUCUUACAGGAAGGAAAGAUCCUCGUAGUGCAACACUGUUUGUCAUACCAACACCUGAGCCUAGUUCUGAGGGGAAAAUAAAGGUGAAGUUAGUUCUUAUCCUUUGCCUACCACAGACUUCUUUCUCAUCUUGUCUCCCAUGCCCUGUGAAAGAAAAUCAGCCAGAAGAAAGCUCUGAAGACAACUUUGAAGAAGUGGAGAAGAUAUCACAAUUUUCCCCUCCAUCUGAACCUGAUAUUACCCAGGGGUUAAAUAUGAAGACAACUCGCCUGACAGUAGCCCGUGAAAACAAAGUUGUAAGCCAACAGCCCCAAGCUGUUGACUGGCUGCUUUAUGUUAAGAAAAGUAGCAAUUCUCUGCCAAAGCCCCUGCUCUCAGCCUCUUCCUCCUCCACAUCCUCCUCCUCAUCCUCCUCUUGUUCAUCUUCUUUUUCCUCCUCUUCCACUUCACCUCAUCCUUCCAAAGAGUCUACCACAUCUACCCUCUCAGGUUGUGUGUUCACUAAGGUACUUGGUGAUCACAAGUUGCCUCCAGGGGUUUCCUGGCUUGAGUUUAUAUGUAGUAAAAAUCACCAGCCACUUCCUGGAAAACCACAUCCAAGUCAAUCACCACCUCCCCAAAUAAGGCCUGUGAGGAGUAGCACCCCAGGAAAAGGGCCAAAGGGGUCAAAGAUACUGUUCAAACUUUUCCAGACAAAGUCUCAAAAUGAGUAA